UAUCUCUCUUCUUUCUCUCUCUAAAAGCAAUUCCAUCUCCUCAAAUGACUCAAGUCGAUCUCGAAACGCUAGUCUGCGCCGGAGUAGGCAACGACCGGAGAGUAGCCUGCGAAACCCUCGCCGACGACGACCCACCGGAAAAUAAAGUCAUCGUCGGCGGCGAAGAUGAAGAUGCCACCGAAGUGCCGCCCGACUUCCCGCCGGAAUCUUUCUGGCUCUCGAAGGACUCCGAAUACGAUUGGUUCGAUCGGAACGCGUUCAAUUACGAGCGGAAAGAGUCGACCAAGGGCAACUCAAACUCGACGAACACAAACCCUAGUUCCAAUUCGAAUUCUCAGCGGUUCUCCGUUAACUUGAAGUCCAAGGCAUCCAUCAUCGGAUUGCCAAAGACCCAAAAGAACACUUUUAACGAUUCCAAACGGAGAACCUGCAAACCGCCAAAUAUCCGGCUUUUCCCGCCGAAACGGACCGAUUCGGUCGGAAAGUCGGCUACUCCGGUGGCGGAACCGGGUUCUCCGAAGGUGUCCUGCAUGGGACGAGUCAGAUCCAAGAGAUGCCGGCGGAGGUCGAACUCGGUGAAAAGGAGCGAGAACCCGGUCGAGAAAUCUAGCGGCGGUGGUGAGAAGAAGAAAACCGGGUUUUGUUCGAAGGUGAUGAGCAUGUUCCGGUCGAAGAAAAGUCACCGGAAAAAUUCCCGGUCCGGGAGUAGGAAAGUGAUGGAGGUGGUGAUGGAGGAGGCGGUGGUUGUUGAACCGCUGAGGAAGAGCGUGAGUGUGAAAGUACGAGAGAUAUUCCCGGUUAGUGAUGAACCGGCGGCUGAGCCUCCCGGUUUGGGAGGGAUGAAGCGGUUCGUUUCUGGGCGGCGUUCGGGGUCCUGGACCUCCGAUGAUUUUAGUCAGGCGGUUUCCGGUGACUUGGAACGGCGGCGUGGGUAGAACUUGAAAGGCGGGAUGGCGGCUGAAGAAAAAGUAAUAUUCCGUUGUGGUUGAAAAAGGAGGUGUUGGAUGACGUGGCACGCGUUGAAUAACUGUUAACGAACCGGCAGGUUUUUUUUUUUACAGUUAACUUUUUUUUUUUUUUUUUUUUUUUGCAAAUGUUUGAUUUGUGUUCUAUAAAUUUUUGACAUGGCGGUACAUAUUAUCGAUUUACCUUAAUGUAAAUAUACUUGUUUUGGAUUGUAUUUUAUGCUUGGACUUUCUUCUAUAAUAAAAAAUAUUAAUUGUGUCCC